GUCCAGGCGGGCGCCGGCCGAGGGAGGGGGCGCGGCGCGGCUCUGGAGUCCGGCGCUCCCUCAGGCCGCGGACGCGAUGCUGGCUGCUGCGGCUUGGGCGGUGGAGCCGCCGGAGAUGUGACGCGCGGUCUCUUGCCUCACCUGCCGUCCUUGGGCCCGUAGGUCACAGGGCUACCCGCUGCCGGGCCGCGACGGGGGAGGCAGCACGACCUCCGCACGAUUCUGUCAAAUUUUAAGAACAAAUGUACCUAUCUAAUGGAAGAAAAAACACAAAUCAAGACAUUUUUGGGUUCCAAGUUGCCAAAGUAUGGUACAAAAUCUGUAAGAAGUACAUUGCAGCCAAUGCCAAAUGGGACACCUGUUAAUUUAUUGGGAACUUCCAAGAGUAGCAACAUCAGAAGUUACAUCAAAAAUAAUGGCUCAGAUUGUCCAUCUUCCCAUACAUUUAGUUGGAGAACUGCCAGUAAAUACCAACUUAAUGCACAAAGUGCUGAAGCACUCAACAAUCCUCAGAGUUCACACGAUAAAGUAAUUGAUCUUGAAAAACAUGCAUCUACUCAAGGAAUGUUUGAUAAGAAUGGGAUAAAGGGAGGUUUGAAAAAUGUUUCUGUACUUACAUCAAAACUAGUGAAGCCAUCCACUAUGUUUAUGUCAUCUGCAGAGGAGUUAAACCAAAAGUCUUUAUCUGGAUCAGCUAAUUUGGGUAAAUUCACCAAAGGCACCUUAUUAGGAAGGACUUCAUAUUCUUCAGUCAGUGCUCCAAAAUCACAGUUGAAUGGAUUUUAUGGAAACCGGCCCGCUGGCAGCAUACAAAGGCCUCGAGCGAACUCCUUUGCCACUAGAAGCAGUUCUGGAGAAAGCUUAGCACAAUCCCUAGAUAACAUUAAAUCUAUUACUUGUGAAAAAAUGGUAAGGUCACAAAGUUUUUCACAUUCCAUUCAGAAUUCCUUCCUUCCACCUUCAUCUAUAACCAGAUCACAUUCCUUCAACAGAGCUGUAGAUCUUACGAAGCCUUAUCAGAACCAACAGCUACCUAUUAGAGUGCCUCUGAGGUCAAGUAUGCUAACACGGAAUUCCCGGCAAUCAGAAGUACUCAAUGGGAACGAGCACUUAAGCUAUGGAUUUAGUAGGUCUUAUGCUGCUGGUGGAAAGAAGUUGGUUUUGCCAAAUGGUCCUGCUGUACCUUCAUCUUUGGGUUAUAGGAUGGUUCAUCCCUCUCUACUGAAAUCUAAUCGACCUCCAUUUUCUGGAACUAUUACUGUUGAUAGUAAUAAAAAUUCACCUGCUGACACAUGUGUAGAGGAAGAUACUGCACUUUUGGCUAAGGACAAUGCUACUGAUAAGGACCAAGAACCAAUUGAAAAUGAUAGUUACAGAAAAGGAAAUGACCAGACCAUGAAGCAUGAUGCUAAAGUUAAAUACCUGAGUGAUGAUGUGGAUGAUAUUUCCUUAUCAUCUUUGUCAUCUUCUGAUAAGAAUGAUUUAAGUGAAGACUUUAGUGAUGAUUUUAUAGAUAUAGAAGACUCCAACAGAACUAGAAUAACUCCAGAGGAAAUUGCUCUCAAAGAAGAAAAGCAUGAAAAUAUACCACCGAAGGAUAUAUUUAAUUCCUCCAAAGAAGAUGAAAAAUCAUUAAGUAAAACGGAUGAGUGGAUAGAUAUAAGUGUCUCUGAUGGGAGUGAAUGUACAAAACAUACUUCUGGAAAUAACUUGAUUUCACCAGACACAGAUUAUAGAGCUGGUUCUUCAUUUGAACUCUCUCCAUCUGAUAGCUCUGAUGGAACAUAUAUGUGGGAUGAAGAGGGCUUGGAGCCCAUUGGAAACGUCCAUCCUGUUGGGAGCUAUGAAUCCUCUGAAAUGAACAGUAUAGAUAUUCUGAAUAAUCUUGAAUCAUGUGACCUUGAGGAUGAUGAUCUUAUGCUUGAUGUGGAUCUGCCUGAGGAUACACCUCUGGAAAAUGUGGAGUGUGACAAUAUGAACCGAUUUGAUCGACCAGACAGAAAUGUUCGGCAGUCUCAGGAAGGAUUUUGGAAAAGGCCACCCCAGAGGUGGAGUGGACAGGAACAUUACCAUCUCAGCCAUCCUGAUCACUAUCAUCACUAUGGAAAAAGUGACUUGAGCAGAGGGUCUCCUUAUAGAGAAUCUCCUUUGGGUCAUUUUGAAAGCUACGGAGGAACUCCAUUUUUCCAGGCUCAGAAGAUGUUUAUAGAUGUACCAGAAAAUACGGUGAUUCUGGAUGAGAUGACCCUACGGCACAUGGUCCAGGAUUGUACUGCUGUAAAAACUCAGUUACUCAAACUGAAACGUUUGCUGCAUCAGCAUGAUGGAAGUGGUUCACUGCAUGAUAUCCAACUAUCAUUGCCUUCCAGUCCAGAACCAGAAGAUACUGACCAAAUAUAUAAGAAUGAAGAUUUAUUAAAUGAAAUAAAACAACUGAAAGAAGAAAUAAAGAAAAAAGAUGAAAAAAUUCAACUAUUAGAACAUCAACUUGCAAGUCGGUGUAACUGCCACCAAAAAUCUAAAGAGGAAAAAUGUACAUAUGCUGAUAAAUACACCCAAACACCCUGGAGAAGAAUUCCUAGUGGGUAUUCUGCUCCCUCCUUCUCUCCUUGGCAGGGCUCCUUCCAGGGGAUCCCACGGACUGUUCCACAGCACCGCAGACAGACCUCAAGUACUACAGCCUUCCAGCAGCCUUCCCAGACCCACAGACAGCGCCCAGGGAAAACUAAUAAAGCUGCAACAUACAGAGGCCUGCAGUGAACGCACAGUCCAGAGCAAUCUUCAGGGUAUUGCACAUCUGGAUAAAAGCUUUACACCCAGCUUGCAGCAAGAAAGCAACUGUGGUCUGGAAGACCAGCCUUUUUCAUCAAGCCCAGAAUUUGCUAAGGAUGUAACUAAGAGUACACCUUCUGAAGCAAACUUGCACAUGACCACGGAUGCUCAAGAGCCUUAUUAUUUGGCGAAUAAUCAAAUUAGUGACAUGCAGUUGGUACCUACUUCUCUUUGGUCACUUCCCCAGUCAAGUACAGUAGAUCAGGCUAAGAGAGUUGGAAGAAACCAGUCUUCACCUGAAGGGUACACGUCUCAGCCUAAGCCCUCGCAGCUUUUUAAGCCACCCAUCUUGAAUUCUUUGGUACCUCCUCCAGUUUCUGAAUCAUCUUCAAGUAGGACUCCCACUUGUAAGAAACCAUCACUAAUCACACCAUGUAAUUCAGCAAAACUUCAGCCAGCAUCCAGUCAAACAAAUCUUGCAAAUAAUUCAAAUACAAAGGCAUCUAAGCUCCGUCCCCCUUCUGGCUCUUUCAAACAAAAACAAAUUAGCAGCCCCCUAGUUGAGCCUCAAAACUUCCAGGCCAAGACAAGUAUCCCAAGGCCAUUAAUAAGAAGAAAAGAAAUCAUGCAGAAUCAGAAUGGCAAUUUGAAUUCUGGGGAUUGUUUGGCUUCUAAUCGGUAUUCUCGUCUUCCUAAACCAAAGAUACAUUAAGUACUUAGCCAUCACCUGCCAAUUUGUUCUGUUUUGUUUUGCAAAAACAAAAAUCUGUUCUGUGAUAGCUUUAUGUGCAAUUUGCUAUACCAUAAUGGAGGUUCCAUUGAAAGUCUGCAAAUCUUAAAAUUAAAAUGUGGAAACUUUACCUAGUUUGGCUCUUCCAUUUUAUAUCCUGGUUAAAGUACAUAGCAUUUGAGCAUAUUUGUCUCAGGUAAACACAAAAGUUUGCUUAUCCAUCUUGGAUGCCUACAGAAGGCUCUAAUCAUGUUACCCUUUUUUCAUCCCUCUGCACAUCAGAAAACUCUUAAUACUCCAUUUAGCAGGCAAGAACUGUGCUUUGCUGAUUUAGUCUUUUUAGACCUGUAUUAAUUGUGGUUCUCAAAGCCUCAUCCUUUUUCGCUUGUCCCUUCUGUAAAUAUGGCUACUAUUUUACUAAAGGUUUGAUGAAAAUGAUGAUAAUCUGUAAGCAGAGUUCUGGAUAGUGAUUUGUAUAUUUUCAAGGUCUAUGCAAAUGCUCUGUGAUGAAUAAAGGAGAUAAGGCUUUUAGUAGGAAAUCUAUGUAAGUUUUAUUUUUCAUUGCUAGGAUCACAAGUUAGUCUCAAUAUUUAUUUAUUUACCAGAGCAUUUCCCCAGGCUAAAAAUAUUUUAUAUUAUAUAUAAAUAAGUUAUAGCUUACAGUAAUGGCUUGUUUUACACACGCACACACCAUCCUAUUUGUAUUUAUUUUCGCUACUGGAUAAACUUGGAAAGCUUAAGACAACACCUUGAAACCUGUACCUACAGAGGUAUUUAUUUGUAACACAUGUUGGUGCUAGAGUUUUGCUGGUAAUUCAGUUUUGAACUUUACAGGCUUUUAGGUACAUGGUAGCUAUUUUAAGUUUCCACAGCAUAUAUUAAGUCUCUGUGGUAAUGUUUAUAUUUAUUGACUUUUAUGCUAAUAUCCGCAGACUAGAAUAAUGGGUUUGAAAUGUUUGCAUAACACUUGGAUGGGCUAUAAAUAUACCAUACAGGGGGAUUUAAAAUGGUUUUCUAUAAUAAAUCAGUUAAAAUAUUUUGAAUAAUUAUGUUUAAGUAACAUCAUUUUGAGAAAGUGAUAUUCACAAUAGUUUUAUUUUCCUGAGUUUUCCCGGCCUAUCCUUUAUGUUGAUGCAUGUUUGAACAAGUUUCUUAAAAAAUAGGUUUGGGAAGAUAGAAUUGGAGAGGCAAACUUGUGUCCUAUUAAAAGGUAUUGAAAGAUAUUUCAAUGGCAAUAUAUUUAUUUAUUUUUAAUGGGUUAAGGAAGUAGCUGUGGAACCUCCAAGGGACCAUGCACACUAGUCUAGUCAGGCUUCAAGCUGCUCAACAGAUGAUUCAGUAUACUUUCUCCCCUGCUCUCCCAAAUCAUGUGACCUUGAGGCUAUUCACCUGUUGAUGCUUUAAUUAAAUUAAUGUCUUUUAGAUAGAUGGGUAUUUUGGUUUGAUCAUUUUUUGCUAAAAAAUGUAUCAGAAGAGGAUAAUGACCAAAAAACUUAAUGAUUCAAAUUUCUAAGAAUUUCUUUAAAAAAUGAGCAUUGGUAAAUUAUCUGCCCUUUUGAAGAGAAACAGCAAGUGUUUCAGUGAAAAUUUCCACAAAGAUGUCUACUACCAUUUUGAUUCAGUCUUCCCUUCCCUGUCAACCAUGCGAGUGAAGUUGGUAUUCACUAGAUACAAAGCCUUUUUUGAUUUGGUAGUAGGUGAACAGCAUAAAUAUGUUAUCUUACUCUCAGUUGACUUUGGCUGCAGAAGCACUAACUUUCAGAAUUUUUCACAUAGUCCAGACCUUGUUAGUAUAGUGAUAGACAUAUAAGCAGAGUUCUUUUUUGUUUCAUAGACAUGAGCAUUGAUGACUGCAGCUGUAAAUGAUACAUGGGGUCUUUUCAUGUUGAAGGAGAAAGAAGAGCACUGAUCUCAUAUAUUGCAAAGGGGGUAUUAUCAAACUAUGUUUUCUUGAAGAAGAGCAUACAAUGAGCUUGUUUGUUUUGGUUUAUUUAGAAAUUGGUGUAGACAAGUAGGCCUUUAUUCCUAGAGGAAAAGCUUUAAAUUUUUGCUUUAUUUUUAAUCUCUUAGUCUGAAGGAAAUGUCUUUACUAUAUGAAAAUGUUGAUUCCUGACUUGUUUAAUCUAAACUUUUUCAAACUCUUUUAUUUUUUUCUCCUUCAUGAAUUUGCAGAAAUACGUUAUAACCCAUCAGUUCAACUUCUCUGUGCCUUUGUUGGAUCUUAUCUUGGCAGAAAUCUCAUCAGAAUAAUUAUGAAACAGUGAAUUUAACAGAAAAAGUAGGAUAUAUGUACAAAAUAGUAUUUACCUGCAAUCCUUUUUAAAAGCUGCAAGAAUAUUAUGCUAAUCUGCUUCUCAGUAAAUGUAAAUUUCAGAAACGAAACAAGGAUGUAGCUUGCUUUAUUAAUCAGAGAUCACUCAGUUUUGGCUUGAUCUCUGUUUAGUGCUUCUAUAAGUGACUGUGUCAAAUCCUCCACUGGAACUUUUUCUUAGUUCUUGUAAUACUGGUAAAGAUGGUUGCAGUAUAUGAACUUAAGUCCUGAGGAAGUUUUUGGGGAUUAGUUAAGUUUCACACUUGUGAAAGAGAAGGUUCAGGUAGUAUGUAGAAUAAUACAUUUAGUUGUUACUGGGUGCAUAUCAAAUUCUUUAAAGGAAGCUUUGUUUAAUUAGUUAAAGAAUACAGGUGAAGAUGAUUUUAGAACAUUAAAUAAACAAAGGAUUAUGUAUUUACAUCAUUAAGAAUGUUUCUAAUAACUGAGACCCUCUAGCACUUUUCUUUUGGAGUCUCAUUUUAAUUUGUGCAAUAUUUUCAGGCAUAUAGACUACUGUUCAUUGUAUUUAUAUAGAUAUUAGGGAACUUACUAAAUAUUUUAACAAGUAAAAAUACGAAUAUGAAAGAAAAUAUCAGAUUUGCACUUUAAAUGAGCUUCAUUGCUUGGAGUUGUGCCUGAAAUAUGGAAAUGCCUCCUAUUGGAUGUGGCUUUCUUUGUUGAAAUGAAUUUCUCUUUAAUUAUAGCUGUUUGAAGUACAGCCUUUCACAGAAUUAUAUCCUCAGCAUGCCACUUUUUCCAUUAAAUUUUUUAAAUAUUUCUUCGUCUCCACUGAAGUAUUUAACUGUACAUCAAAGAGAACAUUAAACCCCCUAUAGCUGUAAAUCCUAAAUCUUUCCAUGGCAUAAGUGGUGUUACAGACACACAGGUAUACGCUUCAUUUCUGAGCAGGGUUGUCAUGAUGUCAUGAUGGUUUUUUGGUCUCUAGGAUGUAAUUUGGAAUCACCAAAUAGGCAUUUAGUGAAGACAAUGAAGACUGCAGCACCAUUUCUGUUUAUUCUCCAUCUCACCCAGUAGUUUUCAUGUUUAUAAGUUAGUUUGGGUGGUUAUAUUUGCAUGCUUAUGCACACAUUUGAAAAUCGGGUGCAUAAUUAUAUAGUUGUAAUACAAAUACAUGAUGUUUUUCCUUGGGGAUGAUAGCCUUGCUAUUGUUCCUAAUUCUUUAAAUUUUCCACAUCUUUAAAUUUUUCUGCUGCAGCAAUUUGGAUAAAUUAUUAUAGUGGGUACCAAUCUAAAGCUAUGCUAUUAACUAAAGAUCUAUCAGAUAUUUUAAUCUUUCUGGGAUAAGUCAACCCAGUUUCUCCUUGGUAAAUUAUUACCAUAACAAAGUAAUACUGUCCCUAAAAAUUUAAAGUUGUUACAUCAUUACCAACUAAAGACAAAAGUCCACAGUCUUUAAUAUCUGCCGUAUUGUUUUUCUCAUUGAUUUUAAAAACCAGUUCAAAGUAACUGUUAGAAUUUGCUUGUAAAAUGAAUUAUCAAAUUGGAUGUAAAGUCUCUUUCCUGAAAAUGUUGGCAUAGUAAAUAAAAAUAAAGUUCAUAAUUAUAAAAC